GCGACCGGCACCGCAAGCGCUUCCUCCAAUCGCGCGAUGAUCAACGGCGGAAGAUUCGACUUCGACGACGGCGGGACCUAUUGCGGCGGCUGGGAGGACGGCAAGGCCCACGGCCACGGGGUUUGCACCGGUCCCAAGGGUCAGGGAGCUUACUCCGGCAGCUGGCACUUCGGCUUCGAGGUGUCCGGCGUCUACACCUGGCCUAGCGGGUCAUCUUACGAGGGACAGUGGCAGAAUGGCAAGAGACACGGUCUUGGCAUGGAGGCCCGCGGUCGCUGGCUUUAUCGGGGAGAAUGGACUCAGGGAUUCAAGGGUCGUUACGGGGUACGACAGUCUACCACCUCGACUGCGAGAUACGAGGGCACGUGGUCCAGCGGUCUGCAGGACGGUUACGGUUCCGAAACUUACGCCGACAGCGGCACUUAUCAAGGCCAAUGGCUCCGCGGCAUGCGGCACGGAUACGGCGUGAGAGCGAGCGCGCCGUUCGGUUUGGCGAGUCAUUACAAACCGACGAAACAAAUGAGAGCGUCUUUAACGUCGUUGAGGAGCGCCGACGGUGGACCAGCGGUCGCCCCGACGCCGGAACCGACCGACCGAAGGGACCGUCGCGUGGACGACAGCCGAGGAGGAUUCGUUCUGAAAGCCAGGAGCGACGAUCCGCCCGCGCGGAGAAAGAGCCUCACCGAAAAGUCCCUGAAGAAGGGCAUUCUCUCGGGCCUCAAGAUACGAAAACAACGGAGCACGGGGGAUUUGGAGAAGCGCGGAACCGGCGGCAGUAUUAGGAGCAAUGCUAGCUCGGCGUCUUGGAUGUCGACCGAGAGCUCGCAGAGCCAAGCAUCGGCGUCAGUUCACACAGACAGUAAUGCGUCCUUUGUCAUCGAGGACGAGCAGAUGGACGCGUCGGUGACCGAGACGUAUCUCGGCGAGUGGAAGAACGACAAGCGUACCGGGUUCGGCAUUUCCGAGAGAAGCGACGGACUUAGGUACGAGGGCGAGUGGUUCAACAAUCGCAAAUACGGGUACGGCGUGACCACGUUCCGCGACGGCAGCAAGGAGGAGGGAAAGUACAAGAACAACGUGCUGAUCACCAGUCAGAAGAAGAAGCACCUCUUCCUCAUCAGAUCCGCCAAGUUUCGCGAGAGGAUAGAGGCGGCGGUGAACGCCGCUCAACGGGCGAGCAAGAUCGCUCUGCAGAAGGCGGACAUCGCAAUUUCGAGAACGGCGACCGCGCGAGGUAAGGCCGAGCUGGCGGACAUUGCCGCCGAGCACGCGAGGCAGGAUUCCGAAUUGGCGCAGCAAACGGCGAGGCAGUUCGCGCCGGACUUCCAGCAACCGGGUCUGGAGAGGUUGCGAAACCGGCCCGAGAUACCUAGGUACGUGCCACCGCCCCAGGACACCGUGCCCGGCAAGAGUAUCUUGCACAAAACGGCCAGCGUGGACCAACCAGGCGGCGCCACGCCGAUCAAGAGCGUCUCGUCGACCGUCGACUCCGCGACGACGACGAUGACGACAACGAUGACGAACACGACGGCAACAUCAGCGGCGAACACCACCGCGAGCAGCGUGAUGCAAUCGAUACGACGGGCCAGUAUGAAGCCGCUCCCGCAGAAUCAGUUAUUGCCGACCCAGAAUCAGAUACCGAAUCAGGUGCCUCCCACGGGCCAGCUGUUGGCAAACCAACUGACCAUGAAUCAGAUGAACGCGCAGACCUCGCUGACCGGUCAGAAUCCGUAUCAGCAGUAUCCGCAGAACGUGGCGCAGAACCCGGCGAGCCAGUACCCAAACAGUAUACCAAAUCAGUAUCAGCCGAACCAGUACCAACCGAACCAGUACAGCCAGCAGAGUCAAUACGUUCAGAGCAAUCCGUACCAGUCGCAGUAUCAACUGGCUAAUCCGUCGCAGGUCGAUCAGUAUCCCGGUUAUCAGCAACAGCAGCAACAGCAACAAUUGAUCGAGUCGCAAGGCGGCUUCCAAAAUUUGCAGGCUUAUCCUAGUCAGCAGAUAUUGUCUCCGCAAGCGCCGGUUACGUACGAUCCAAUGACACCCGCUCAAACGAAUCAAUUCGGAGCCCAGCUUUAUGGUACGGCAAUACCGAACCAGUACGGACCCGGUCAGAUGAAUCAGUACAAUGCGCAAAUUUAUGCGCAGCAACAAACGCAGCAAUACGUCCAGCCUGAUGGUGUCGCGGAUGCUGCGAGACCGCCGAGCUCCACGAGUUUGCGAAGAAACAGUCGAGUUCUGAGCCCACAAGAUCGACCUGGCACCAUCGGCCAAACGUUAAACGACAGACUGGAUCACUACAAGCGACCGCCCAGUCGCGACAGUUCUGUAGAUCGUUAUGCCAGAGCGCAUUCUCGAUUGACCGGAUCGAGACAGGCGUCUGUCGAUAGAACGAUACCGAAUCCAGCUCCAGACAUGCUCGACAGAUCGAUAAGAGCUCCGAGCGCGAUCCGAGCGGGGACGCCGCUGAACGGUUCCGUGGUAGGUAGCGGCGCCGCGACGCCCACGUACGCGGCGCCGACGCCUAGUCAGUUCGAGGGAGCUCUCAUCAAGAACCGUGGCCUUGGACAAGACAUUCUGCCGAGUCCUGGGCAGCCUAAACGCACCGAGAGCCUCUAUAUGGCUCGCGGACCGUCCGGAGCAACCGAAGAAGCAACCGAGUGUUCUCUGACUUAA